AAUAUAAGAAAUUUUUUUUGAAGGGUUUUGGAUUUGUGAGUCUUUGCUGGUUGAGUCGGAGGGUUUGGAUAUGAAUCUUUUCUGUUAAAUUGUUCGUCUAUUGAGGCUUGAGCUUUGAUAUUUGGCGAAUUGAGAUUGUUUAGCAUUGUUAGAGGGCUUUAGAGCUGUUUGUUUGGUGAUUUUAGUUCUUUACUCUAGUCUUGAGCAUUUUGCGUUCUAAUAUUUGCUGUCAAAUUUAAAAAGUCUGGUGCAGAUUGAAAAAGUCGGGUUUUGUGGUAGUGCCCUGGUGGAGUUUAAUUGUUGAAGUUGUGGUUCUGAUGAAAUGGGGAGUAAUGGAUUUGACCAUCCAUUGCAAGAUUCAGGGAAGGGGGAAGGUUUAAGCCAGAGCAAGAAACUGAAGGAUGUAGAGCAGACUGAUGUGGCUGAUACAUCAAUUAAAGUGGAUUAUUUGUCUUCAGAAGAAGAUUACAGUGCAGGCUCAUUUGAUGAGGAAGAAAAUCAGGGGACAAGUUCAUCAAAGCAGCCAUCAAUUUUGGAGAUUUUCGAGGCUAGAGACUGGAGUGUUAGUUCUUCACCUCGAAUAGGCUUGGAUCAUUGCAUUUCUUCACCUAUAACUGCUUACAACAAUUCACUAAUUGAUGAUGAUGGGAUUUUAUAUUCAGGGUCCAUGACAAAAAAGAAGAUGGUACCAUGGCAUCACCUGAAAUUGGAUAGAUUGUCAGAGCGUGAAAAGAAAAAGCUGAUUGUGGAACUAGUCAGGAUCCAAAAUGAUGGCACUGUUGAAGUUGAUUUAAAUAAAGGCGCACCUGUAGCUUCAGAAUUAUUAGAGUUUCAGCCUGUUGAAGUGCCACCUAUCUCUUUUGCUGGUACCAGUUUUUAUGAAUCUAACAAAUCAAUUCCAAGAUUGGAAAUUGCCGUGCUUGUUGUGGGAACAAGAGGAGAUGUACAACCGUUCCUGGCUAUGGCCAAGAGACUUCAGGAGUUUGGACAUCAUGUUAGGUUGGCAACACAUGCUAACUUCAGAAAUUUUGUGAGGUCAGCUGGUGUAGACUUUUUUCCUUUGGGCGGUGAUCCUCGGGUUUUGGCAGGAUAUAUGGCUCGGAAUAAAGGUUUGAUCCCAUCUGGACCAGGAGAGAUAUCAAUACAAAGAAAGCAACUAAAGGCCAUUAUAGAAUCUCUUCUUCCGGCUUGCACAGAGCCAGAUAUGGAAACUGGUGUGCCUUUUAGAGCUCAGGCAAUUAUUGCAAAUCCUCCUGCUUAUGGGCAUGCACAUGUUGCUGAAGCUCUUGGCGUACCCCUUCACAUCUUCUUCACAAUGCCUUGGACGCCAACUCAUGAAUUUCCUCAUCCACUGGCACGGGUACCUCAAAGUGCUGGAUAUUGGCUUUCAUAUAUAGUAGUGGAUUUACUGAUAUGGUGGGGCAUAAGGAGUUAUAUUAAUGACUUCAGGAAAAGGAAGUUGAAGCUUUCUCCUAUUGCAUACUUCAGUACAUAUCAUGGAUCAAUAACUCAUUUGCCAACGGGCUAUAUGUGGAGUCCUCAUCUUGUGCCAAAGCCAAGUGACUGGGGGCCUCUAGUUGAUGUUGUUGGAUAUUGUUUCCUAAACCUUGGGUCAGAGUAUCAACCACGAGAAGAGUUUGUUCAAUGGAUUAAAACAGGCCCAGAACCUAUAUAUAUUGGAUUUGGGAGCAUGGUAUUGCCUCUUGAUGAUCCUAAGAAAACUACUGACAUUAUAUUAGAGGCACUAAAAGAUACGGGACAAAGAGGAAUAGUUGACCGAGGUUGGGGAGAUCUUGGAAGUUUGACAGAAGUUCCUGAUAAUAUUUUCCUUGUGGAGGACUGCCCUCACGAUUGGUUGUUUCCUCAAUGUUCUGCCGUGGUUCAUCAUGGUGGUGCUGGAACGACAGCAACAGGAUUAAGAGCUGGGUGUCCAACAACUAUAGUUCCUUUCUUUGGAGAUCAGUUCUUUUGGGGUGAUAGGAUAAAGGACAGAGGGCUUGGACCUACACCGAUACCAAUAUCUCAACUUAGCAUUGAAAAUCUUUCAAAUGCCAUAACAUUUAUGCUACAGCCAGAGGUGAAAUCUCGAGCAAUGGAGUUGGCAAAGUCAAUAGAGAAUGAAGAUGGAGUGACAGCUGCAGUUCAUGCAUUUCAUUGGCAUUUACCUCCUGAACUACCACUGCCUCCUCCAUCACUGGAAAGAGACAAUAAUCCAAAUCCUGUCCAGUGGUUCUUUAUUCAAAUUGGAAGGUGGUGCUGUCAGCCUUGUGGUGGUGUGUAAACUUCAUAGAGAACUUAUAGCGUGAUAUAUUUAGUGUGUGGUUGGGUAUGGCUGUUGGGGUCAUGUGGCUUGUCAGUGGCAUAAACCCAUAAUUUAUGUACUCUAUUUUCAUAACUAUAGCGUCCUGCAAGAGGAAUAUCAUAUGGUUUCUGCAAUUCAAAGUUGUGGUCUGUUAAGGGAACCUGGGUGGACCCUUUCGCAGGAUCGACAGCAGCACAAAGUUUGAAGUCAUUCAAAGAGCAUGCAAGCAGCAGGAAAGCGAGGAGGCCAUAGAAGUAAGAAGGUUUCAUUGUCAUGAAAUAUUAUGAAACAAUUAAAGGCUUCGUGAGUUGCUGUUACAAUUCGCUUCCCGAAGAAAUAUUUACAGGCUGUUACCAUGUCAGAUUGGCCACCUCCAGACAACAUUGGAGCCUUAGUUGUUGCCCUAAAUCAUUCAAUAACGUUAAGUUCAAGUUAUUAUUUCCCCAUGGAUGUGUUUUGGAUACUGUGAAAAGUUUAUGUUUAACGAUAUUCUUAAUGCCUGUGUUGUUGAAAAUUGGAUUUGGCAACAUAAAUAAGAAGUUUAUUUCAUCUUU